CGUCACCCUUUUAUCCUCCUUCUGCCUUGACAGUGGGAAUAACACAAUGUCAUCCAGCGGACCCUUCCGAGUCGUCGACCAUGUCGUCGAAUGCCAGCAUAUCCGAGAGUAUCCUGGCGCCACGGCGCACGAGCAGGAAGAGGAACUGCACAUGGCAGUAAAACAGUACAUCCCCAUAGACAAUCCGAAUCCCCAGCCGGGGGAUGUGACUAUUCUAGCAGCGCACGCCAAUGGCUUUCCCAAGGAACUCUACGAACCCCUCUGGGAGGAGAUCCAUGCCCGGUCCAAGGCGAACGGGUUCCGGAUACGCAGCAUUUGGAUGGCCGAUGUCGCGCAUCAGGGCCAGAGCAGCGUCCUCAACGAGAAUAUUCUAGGAAAUGACCCCAGCUGGUUCGACCACCCCCGCGACCUCCUCCACCUCGUCAACGUCAAGCGCAAAGAGAUGCCGCGCCCAAUAGUCGGCAUCGGCCACAGCAUGGGCGGCGCACACCUAGUCCAACUAUGCCUGAUGCACCCGCGCCUCAUCACCACCCUCGUCCUCCUCGACCCCGUCAUCCAAAAGCAAACCACCCAACUCGACCCCCUCGAAUCCGCCAAAGAGAAAAUGGUCAUCGCCAAAACGACCCAACUCUCCACCUACCGCCGCGACAAGUGGCCCUCGCGCAAAGCCGCCGCCGAAGGCUUCAGACGCAACCCGUUCUACCAAACCUGGGACCCGCGCGUCCUCGACCGCUGGAUCGAACACGGCCUGCGCGAUCUCCCCACCGCCAUCCAUCCCCUCCCAUCCCCUCUUCCCCCCAACGAGGACACCCCCGUAACCCUAACAACCCCCAUCCACCAAGAAGUCUUCACCUUCUCCCGCCCCAACUACGACGGUCCCCCGGGCAAACCCGUCCCCAUCAACCGCGUCACCCACCCCGACCUAAACCCCCUCCACGAGGGCUCCUCCCCCUUCUACCGCCCCGAACCCUCGCGCAUCUUCGCGCAACUCCCCCACCUCCGCCCAAGCGUGCUCUACCUCUUCGCCGGCAAAUCCGACAUGUGUCUCCCCGAGAUGAUGGCCGACAAGAUGCAGAGCACGGGGACAGGGCUAGGCGGCAGCGGGGGCGCGGCGGAGGGCCGCGUGCGGGACGUGUAUAUGGCGCAGGUCGGCCAUUUGCUCGCGCAGGAGGCGCCUGUGGAGUGUGGCGAGGCGGCGGGGGCGUGGCUGGGUGGGGAGAUGAGGCGGUGGCGGGAAGAUGAGAGGGCGUUUCGGGAGGCGUGGGGGAGGAAGUCGAGGGUUGAGAAGAUGACUAUUGAUGGGAGGUGGAAGGAGCAUGUGCCUGCGCCUGUGAGGGGGAAGAAGAAGGCUUCGCCUUCGAAGCUGUGA